GCCAGUCCGUUGCCGGCUUACGCCACACGCUCAUCGCUCGAGUUUCUGCAUGAUAACGCUCAUAAUACCUAAAUUUAACCAUUUGUUUCGUUUUCCCCAACCUUUUAUAACUUAACGUGUGCUGCAUACAUAUACCGUUACUGGGUUCGUGUCCGUCCAUCAUGAAUUGCUAGAGAAUGCAACCAACUUCGAACUUCGCAAGAAAUCAGCCACCAACGGCUAAGCCGAAGAACUCUGACCAAUGCGAAGCGCUUACGAGACGGCAGUUUCGUUUAUUGGGAAGAAAAACUGUUGCGACAGUUCUAUUUCUUUUUCGAUUGUACUAUAAGCAACCAUGGUGAAUUCUCUGCUGUAGACUAGUGGAAUUUUCUGAUCUAAAAAUCUCGACAGGUAUUUUUGGCAAUACUCUCUUGAUGCUAACUUGACACUGUCUAAAGAAUAUUAAAGAGACCAAGAUUCGUCAAAAUCUGAAGAUGCAAUGUCAGGGCUAUAUGCAUUAACACCUCCCAGCCAAACUCUCUUAGUUUUUGGCAAGACAAUAGCUUAACAUUACAUGAUGUGAGAAGGUUUUUUACAAUAGCCUUAAACAACAACAUGCACUAUUAUUACACAAUUUACCUAUUACAAGACCUGGUUACUAUUGGAGCUAAAACACUGCAUUGUGGGAGGGUCACCCGCCAUACACAAUGACAGAAAUGUAUUAUGCUAAAGUAGUGCUUUGCCAUUUAAUGCACUUAUUUCUUUCUGUCAAAUGGGCACAGAAAUAUAACACAAAUGAGAUGCUCCCUCAAGGCGUAUUAACCUUCUUCCUGCAAUGGGUUAAUGUUGUCAAACUAUACAAUCAAGACGAAGUAAACAAUGAGAUCAACAAUUUGGUGCGCGAUGUGGAAAUGCUAUUGGUACCCGAAAUGCCUAAAACAUCGGUGCCAGGUGAAGUAGUCAAACAAAGAGUAAUGAAGAAGAUUCUAAAACAGCGUGAGGUUAUAUCUGCUAUCUCUCAAGUUGUGUACAGAUAUCGACAAAUAGUCGUUACGCCUGCUAUGGAUCUGGACACUCUUAACAUUAUCGAGGUAUUGAAGAAGAAAACAGGACAUGUUAUAGCCGUUGCGGCCAUCUACCAAGCCAUCGCGGCACAGUGUGGCAUAGCAUGUAGUGUGAUUGCCUUCACUAAUCACUUUUUCUUAGAAUGGAUAUGUACCGAUGACGAGCGCAAGACACAAGUACACAAAAUAAAUAUUGAGACUGGCGAAGUGCUAUCAAAUCGUCGGUGUCCGUUUUCAGACCGGUCCGCGGACCGCGCUUGCGCAUAUUGUGCUAAUUCCUUGCUGCGGUACAUUAUUACCUCUUUCACUAAUACCGUCGGACCGGGACACCUCGGAACUAACAAUUGGUAUAAGCAGAAUGCUUUUCUUCUCUAUGAAUUUCUUAAUCCCGAAGCAGCACCGGACAGUCCGUAUUACAAUUAUUACCGGUAUUUAAUCCAUGAAGUGCCUCUUAAUUUAUUGUCACCCAUUGGUAUUCAAUACAUUGAAAAUGAACAUUUGCAAAUAUUAUCAGCUCUGACGUAUUUAAAUGCACCUGCUAACACUUGCAGGAGUAGCCGAAGUAUUAUACUUAAGAAACGGAACAGUCAGAUAAAAUAUGCCGUUGGAAUGAUAUGUUUUCACAAAAAGUAUUUGUAUACGGGUAUUAUAAUCGGCUGGGAUGCAAUAUGUGACGCCAGUUGGAGUCAGCACCCAGAAGUUAGAAAUCUGCAGUUUGGCCCUAACCAGCCUUUCUACAAUGUGAUUGCCGCCGAUGGGUCCAGUCGAUAUGUACCUCAAGAAAAACUUGUAUUCGUGACGAAUCCACAGCGCAUGAUCCAACUGGAAGAUUUUUUUAGCACGGGAAUUUACACAUUUUAAUGGAUUCGCGUACGUACCAAAUAAAGAGAAGAGGGUAGAAUAUCCUGAAGAUUUGCAAAUAAGUGAAAUGUUUUUGAGUCGAGCUGAAAAUAAAACUGGAGUUUGUUUGACUGAUCCUUACGCCGUUUGUACGUAAUAUUUUAUAACUAGGCUAUAUUAUAUAAGAUUACCAAUGCAAAUAUUUGUGAAAACUGUUACACCGUUACAAGUACACAGAGCCACCGCUGAACGGAUUUGAGUGAAAUUUAGCACACGGAUAUUGAUUUUGGGAUUUUUAUAGCUGGAAACGCUUUGGAUUGCAAGCGAAGCCACAAGCUACACAUAGUUUUAAUACAAAUAUUCCAUCUAAAAGAUUCGGAACCACAGGUUGGAAUGUCUAAAUUAAAGUACCCACUCGCAAGUUAUUUCUUUACGCCCUAUUUAUAAAGGCAUUUUUUUCUUUAUCCACUUUGCAGUCAUAUCGAAAAAAGACGUCAUGAAAUAUAAUUUUAUGUGGAGAAAAAGAAUGUAAGAUGCGUGUUUUUUGAACGAUUUCAUUUGAUGUAAUCUUUUUAUUGGUUCAUCGAUUUUUUUUUAUUCCGUGGCCUGAUUUGAACGAAUCUUUUAUAGAUUUCAUUGGUACAGGACUCAAAAUAAAUUAGAAUUUUGAUUAUUUUUUUGUUAAUUUUAAUAUACCUUCAAUUUAUUAUAUAGUAUAAAAUUUCAUAAAUAAAUAAAUAUUUAAUAUUGUUGUUUGACCUUGAAUUUAGGAGAUGGAGUCGGAAAGUCGAUAUAAAGUAGGAUGAGAAUGAUUAUUUUUGUAUGGGGUUCAAUUAAAUGUGUUUUAUGACUAGCGAUGUAAUCUUCACCCUAAUUGGUGUUAUUAUGUUUACAUACACACGAAAUAUCUUUUUCAGUCGAUAAUUAAUUUCAAUUGUUAGCACUUGUAGUAAUAGUCAAUAUAAAUGGGGCACCGCCUUCGGAAAAUAUUUAAUGUGCAUAUAAUCAUAAAAACACGAGAUCGAAAGAUUAAUUUGUUUUUCUUUUAAUAAUUUCUUAUAAUAUGUAUAUAAAGUAUUUUUUUUUGUUUGUAGUGGUUUUCGGAGUCCUUUUAUACGAUUACGAUUAUAUGUUUUAAGUCAAUAUUGAAAAAAAUAAUGUAGAUACCUACGUCUUUUUUAUUAUGACCACAGCUAAGUUCUAAUUAAAUUAGGGCAGUACUUGUGUUGACUUUAAAGUAUAAACUAUAUAUAAUAUACGUAUAAACGUAUUCAUUGUUUUAUCUGUUCCUCUAAAAUUAAAAAAGGCGUUAUCAAAACCAAUUCCUUAAAAGGAAAAGGUGAUGUGAAUAGAUAUUUAUAAGAUUGUUUCUUUUUUUAUUCAGAAAGAGAAUUAUGAAAAUUGGAAAGUAAUACGAAAGAUCACGCAGGUUUAUGUAGUAUUACUGAUUAAUAUAUUAAAAUAUGUAACUAUUGCGUAUCACAUAAUUCUCUAUCGAUAUAACGAUUGGGUGCAGGUAUUUAUAAAAUAAAAUAAAAUAAGCAUA